ACCAUUCAUCCUUUCUUCCCCCAUUAGAAUAAUUUUCUACCAAAACCAUCCUUAAGUUCUUUCAGAUCUCUUUUUCUAAUUCCACUUUCCUUUACUUCCUCCGCCCUUCCCAUUGCCUUUCUUCCUCCAUUUCUUGGUAUUCGUGAUCUUCUCUUGGCGGGAACUUGGGUCUUCGUAACGGUGGCCCCAUAAUUCCCAUUUUUCAUUCGCCAAUCUCAUUUAAUUGAUUGAUUGAUUGAUUCUUCCUGUUUUUGUUUUCUACCGCCGUUUCUUUGAAUUUUGGAUUGCGACCCCUUUCGGGCGGGAGUUUUGUGGGAACCCUUUCAUAUAAUCCCACUUAAACCUAUUCUUUCUGCUCUUUUGCCAAGACAGAAAGAGGCACAAAUGACGAUUUCGGAGAAUUCCAAGGGCUUGAUUCUAGCUAUGGCGUCCAGCGCGUUUAUUGGGUCCAGUUUUAUCUUGAAGAAGAAAGGACUUAAGCGUGCCGGAGCUACAGGGGCCAGAGCAGGGAAGUUGAGCUUUUGAACGGAGGGAAGCUUUAGCUUUAAGGGUUGGGAUUGGACUCUCCAUAGAUCAUGGAUUCAGAACACCACGAGACACCUUUUGGAUGUCAGGUGUUGGUGGUUAUACAUACCUGUUAGAGCCACUUUGGUGGGCAGGCAUGAUCACAAUGAUUAUUGGAGAGAUUGCAAACUUUGUAGCAUAUAUUUAUGCCCCAGCCGUUUUAGUCACACCCCUUGGUGCACUUAGCAUUAUUGUCAGUGCUGUUUUAGCCCACUUCUUAUUGAAGGAAAGGCUACAGAAAAUGGGUGUUGUAGGGUGUUUAUCUUGUAUUGUAGGAUCAGUUAUAAUAGUUAUUCAUGCACCUCAGGAACAUACUCCUGAUUCUGUUGAAGAGAUUUGGGAUUUAGCAACUCAACCAGCUUUUCUAGUCUACAUUGCUGCUAUAGCUUCGUUAGUGUUGGCUCUUAUGUUGUAUUUUGAACCUCGUUAUGGGCAUGUAAACAUACUGGUCUACUUGGGAAUCUGUUCUCUAAUGGGUUCAUUGACGGUCAUGAGUAUUAAAGCUAUUGGAAUAGCGAUAAGGCUUACGCUUGAAGGGAUAAGCCAAGUAGCUUACCCUCAAACUUGGCUUUUUGUCACAGUUGCAGUAGUUUGUGUCAUCACACAACUAAAUUAUUUGAAUAAGGCAUUGGAUACAUUCAAUGCAGCCCUUGUAUCUCCAGUAUAUUAUGCCAUGUUCACAACAUUGACUAUUAUUGCUAGUGCUAUCAUGUUUAAGGACUGGUCAGGCCAGAAUGCGAGCACCAUAGUAUCUGAAUUAUGUGGAUUCGUUACUGUCCUUUCCGGAACUAUUAUUCUUCACUCAACCAGAGAACAACAACCAGUCUCCUCACAAGGAUCUGUGGCAUGGUAUAUUAGUGGUGAUUCAAUGAAAAGCUUUGAAGAACAUUUGAUCACUAUAAGCAAUUCACAUUACACGGAAGAAUGAACCUACUCUAUUCUAACUGUAACUUGGAAGGCAGUGGUCUUAAAUGCAGAACUUUAAAGUAUACUCAUACUGGAAGGAUGAGUACAAUGUCCGAUUUUUAAAUCGGGACGAUGAAUUGGGAUAUCAACCAUGGUCUUGUCACGAUUCAGACGGUCCUGUCCCCUUACUGCUGGGACAGGUUUAGCAUAGAAACCCAAGCUGCUCGAUCUAGUAAGGAUCUUUAUAAUAGUUAGAAUGGCUUGUUGGGGGUGGGGGGGUGUAUUCUCAAUGAUCCAUGCUGGUUACAACAUCAAUAGUAUUAUAGCCUGUGCCAUAUGUACAUUAUGAGGUUAUAACAUUCAUUCAUUUGAGAUCUCCAAAUUUAUCUUAAUUUAUAUAUAUAAAAAAGUAUUUAGUCAUUUCCCCU